UUGAAAGAGCAAUGAAGUAUCGAAAGGAAUAUUUGGAUCUGAUUUUGGUGCCAUGUGGUUUGCUAAUUAUGUUUUCAUACCAUCUUUGUCUUCUCUAUAGAUGCCUCAAGCUCCCUCAUACUACCGUCAUCGGCUUCGAAAACAACGAUAAGAAAAUUUGGGUCCAAAAAUUUAUGCAGUCGGAGAAUCGCGACGUGAAGAUGGCGCUGGACGUGGUGUCAGCGAACAUAUCCGCGGCGACGUUCCUAGCGUCGGUGUCGCUGACGCUGAGCGCGCUGAUCGGGGCGUGGAUCGCGAACAACUCGAACAUCUUCCAGAGCGAGCUGAUCUACGGCGACACGCGGCCGGCGACGAUGUCGAUCAAGUACAUCACGCUCCUGAUCUGCUUCCUCCUCGCCUUCUCCUGCUUCGUGCAGUCGUCGCGCUGCUUCAUCCACGCCAAUUACCUCAUCAGCACUCCCCACGCCGACAUCGCCACGGAGUACGUCGAAUUGGCCGUCGUCCGCGGCGGCGAUUUCUGGUCGGUCGGCCUCAGGGCGCUUUACUUCGCCACCGCGCUGCUGCUGUGGUUCUUCGGCCCGAUCCCGAUGUUUGCGACGUCGCUGACGAUGGUGGCGGUCCUCCACUACAUGGACAGCGACACCGGGUCGAUGAAGAGGAGAUGUGGCCGCCGGAGAUCGGAUGAGAGGGUUUAGAUUUGGCGGACUUUUUUGAAGUUUAAAAAUAUAAUACUAUAAAAAGUUUUAUUUGUAUUUUUUUAAUACAUCAUGUCAUGUCGUGUAUGAUUAAACGACGUAAUGUAAAAAAAAGAUGAAACAAAGAUGAAAUUUUUGAUA